AUGCGUAGUAGAGAGAAAAAGAAAAGAAACGGAAGUUCAGAAGAUGCUUCGUCCACUAAGGAAACACCGGAAGAUCGCCAACAACUUCAACAGCAACCUGUCGUUCACCCACCACCACUGGAACCAUUCCAGGAUACUGUAUUACUCAAGAAGCCACUUGGGUUGCGAAUCUGCAAAAAUACUCUACAGGUGACAUAUGUCGAGAAAUCCGGAGCAUCAGUGGGACGAGUAUUUGUUGGUGAUGUUAUCGUAGCUGUCGAUGGGUACAAAAUUAGUGCUAUCAAUGAGCUCAACAGUGUGCUUAAAAAACCUUCACUGGUGAAAUUGACUCUUUUCAGUAAUUUCAUUAAAGCGUCGUUAAAUUCAAUUCCCGAACAGUUAAUGAAAAUUUCUUCUAUGGUAGCUGUCGUAUUCAAACGUACAUGCUAUUCAAAAUGCAAACACAAAAGGACAUUUGUGGAAAAGAUAAGCGUAGAACGCGGUCGAGAAAUGAAAUGCACCGGACAAGCAAUUGAUCAAUAUCUGGCAAGAAAACUAAUUUUCCGUAAUCAAAAAGAAAUCUUAAAUAAAUUAAAUCAAUUCUCAAGGGUCCUCUAA